AUUUUCAGUAGUCAACUGACUGAGAUAGAAGUUGGAUACCUUGAAGUUUAUUGCUCGGUGGAAACGUUAAUAAUUCAGGAAUAAAACAAGGCGUUUUGAUUAGGACAGCUGUCAUUUUGAAGUUCGUUUCAAUUGACACACAGAUGUCAGUGAAUGACAGUCUGUUUCUCAUUUGAGCGUGAGUGUACGACUGACCGACUAUUCAGAACCCGCUGAGAUGGCAGUCUGAUCAUAGUUAGACUAAGCCCGAGAGCGGCUGUAGACAGAGCGAGGGAGUGACGGACAGAUCAAGUCUCCAAAACAGAAGAUGGGUGAAAAGGAGGAUGAGAGGAGUGCCCAGGCAGGGCAACUCUUUGAGAACUUUGUCCAGGCGUCCACAUGUAAGGGCACUCUGCAGGCCUUUAGUAUCCUAUGCAGGCAGAUGGAUCUGGACCCGCUAGACUACAGGAACUUCUACAGCAACCUCAAAGCCACGGUCACCAAUUGGAAGGCCAAGGCCCUCUGGACCAAACUGGACAAGAGAGCUGGCCACAAGGAGUACAAGAAAGCCAAAGCCUGUGAGGGCACCAGGUCUUUGAUCAUUGGAGGAGGGCCCUGUGGCCUACGCACAGCCAUCGAGCUGGCUCUGCUGGGGGCCAAGGUGGUGGUGAUUGAGAAGAGGGACACCUUCUCCAGAAACAACGUGCUCCACCUGUGGCCCUACACCAUCCAUGACCUCAGGGGCCUCGGGGCCAAGAAGUUCUAUGGCAAAUUUUGUGCCGGAGCCAUAGACCACAUCAGUAUUCGCCAGCUCCAGCUCAUGCUGCUGAAGGUCUCUCUUAUCGUGGGAGUGGAGGUCCAUGUUAAUGUGGAGUUUGUUAAACUGCUGGAACCACUGGACAACCAGGAGAAUGAAGGGCUUGGAUGGAGAGCUGAGAUUAGACCAUCAAACCACCCCCUCACUGACUAUGAAUUUGACGUGGUGAUCGGUGCGGAUGGACGCAGAAACACGCUAGAUGGUUUCAAGAGAAAGGAGUUCCGGGGUAAGCUGGCCAUCGCCAUCACAGCCAACUUUGUCAACAGGAACACCACGGCCGAGGCCAAGGUAGAGGAGAUCAGCGGAGUGGCCUUCAUCUUCAACCAGAAGUUCUUCCUGGAGCUCAAAGAGGAGACAGGGAUUGAUCUGGAGAACAUCGUGUACUACAGAGACAACACACACUACUUUGUGAUGACUGCAAAGAAGCAGAGUCUGCUGGACAAGGGGGUCAUCAUUCAUGAUUACAUUGAAACAGAGAAGCUGCUGGGCCAAGACAACGUGAACCAGGAGGCUCUUCUCUCCUACGCCCGCGAGGCGGCCGACUUUGGCACCAACUACCAGCUGCCCUCUCUGGACUACGCCAUCAACCACUGCAACCAGCCCGAUGUGGCCAUGUUCGACUUCACCUGCAUGUGCGCCUCAGAGAAUGCGGCGCUGUUCAGGGAGAAGUGCGGACAUCAGCUACUGGUAGCUCUGGUGGGGGACAGUCUAUUGGAGCCCUUCUGGCCCACGGGGACAGGCUGUGCUAGAGGGUUCCUGGCUGCCUUUGACACGGUGUGGAUGGUGAGGGGCUGGGCGCAGGGCAAGACCCAUCUGGAGAUCCUGGCAGAGAGGGAGGGCCUCUACAGGCUAUUACCCCAAACAACAACAGAGAACAUCUCAAAGAACUUUGAUCAGUACACCAUAGACCCGGUAACACGGUACCCUAACCUCAACUCCAGCUGUGUCAAGCCACAUCAGGUGCGUCACCUGUUCAUAGACGGGCAGCAGGACUCUUGUCCUCUGGAGCGGGGUGGAUCCACACGUAGUUCUGUCAAUCUCUCCAGACGAGAGUCGGACAUCCGGCCCAGCCGCCUCCUCACCUGGUGUCAGAAGCAGACACAGGGGUACAGGGGUGUGGACGUCACCAAUCUCACCUCUUCCUGGAAGAGUGGCCUAGCACUCUGUGCUCUUAUACACCGCCUCCGGCCAGACCUCAUUGACUUUGACUCCCUGAAUGAGAAGGACUCGGCCAAGAACAACCAGCUGGCCUUUGACAUAGCAGAGCACGAGUUUGGUAUCCAGCCUGUGACCACGGGGAACGAGAUGGCUCUGGACCAGGACCCAGACAAGCUUAUGAUGGUGCUGUACAUCUCCAAGCUUUACGAGAUGUUCCGCAACUCACCUGCAUCCAUCACUGGUACAAGGGAAACGGAUGAGAACAAUGAAGUGAAUUCAUCGGAGUCUGCACACUCUGUUUACAACUUAAUGAACCGAACACAGCCCAAAAAAAGGAUCCCAAAGGUACCGUGGGCUCACCCUCUCGUCCUCCUCCUCACCCAUCUACAGGCUUUAAAAGGAAAGCAUUGCAACAACAAAGGCAUCCAUGAUAACGGGAAGCUGGAGGCGAACGACCCAAUGAACAAAAGACGAAGAAAGGGCAGCACCUAUUUAGAGGAGUUGUCCUGUCAGAGUGCCCCCCCUGCAGGUGACGGUGGGGAGCAGAAUAAAGUGCGCUCAAUGGCCACACAGCUACUGGCCAAGUUUGAGGAGAAUGCAUCGCCCGGCAGUUCCCUGCGCAAUAAGUCUGAUUUGAACUCCGACUCUGAUUCAAGCCGUCCUUCAUCUCCUUCUCUGGAUAUGAUGGAGAACCCUCGCUUCGCUAAGCCCAAGAAACAGCCCCCUCCCUCGCCUCCACCCCCACGCCCCAAGUGGCAGCCGUCCAUCUAUAUACGACUCUUAGAAGAGCCUGCAGCCGCGGCGCAACCGACUCCCCUUCACGUUCCAACAAGGUCCUGGAGUCCUCCUCCACGUGAUGAUCAAACACAGGCCUCUCCGCGCGCAGACUUGGUGCAGCAGAGAGUGUGGAUUCCACACACCGAAACCCCAGAUGACGUAGAUUACCCAGAACAACCUUCUCCUGGCCCCACAGGGAAGGGCGUAGAGAAGCUGGAGCAAAAGAUGAGCCAGAAAAAAGUGCAAACCGUAACUACCGGGGAAUUUAACAGGAAGAGUAUAAAGGAGAGAGCUGUGCUUCUGCGUUCUAUGUUUCCUGAGUCCGAGACUCCUCUAGUGAAAGAGUAUAAGACGGAUCGAUCUGCCUUUGUUCCUAAAAUCACUUCAAUACACCCUGUCCCUGAAUCGUCUGCUCUGUCUUGCGUCUCUUCUCUUACCCCAACAUCUCCUGUGCAUCAUUACAAGUGCGAUGGAAGUGCUGCAUCAAGUAGACUCAUUCAAACGCCAAUCGAAUGUCCUGUGAGUUAUCAAGCUGAACCCUUCAAGCCUGACAUGUCUGCCGAACAGUGCAAUGGGAGUGCUGGAUCAAGUAUUCAAAAGCCAAUCAUUCGAUUUGAGAGUUACGAAGCUGGCCCUUUAAAGUCCACCGAACAGUGCAAUGGGAGUGCUGCACCAAGCGUAAUGAUUAAAAAAACAAUUGAUCAAUCUGAACACUGUCCUGCUGAGCCCUCUAUGCCUGCCAAACAGAGGACAGUUGGGAGGGUCUCUUCUCACAUAGGCGCUAGGGCAGAAACUCUAGCCAUCCUUUAUGAAACUGACCACAGGCCUAAUGCCUUGCCGUGUAUCGUGCGGAAGGAGUUCCCUCAGAACCUGGGAGGCAGUGACACGUGUCACUUCUGCUCCAAGCGUGUGUACGUGAUGGAGCGACUCAGCGCUGAGGGCCACUUCUUCCACAGGGAGUGUUUCCGCUGUGACGUCUGCAGCUCCACACUACGCCUGGGAGGACACGCCUACGACUCCCAACACGGCAAGUUUUACUGCAAGCCUCAUUAUUCUCAGCGUCGGCCCAGCCUACAAAGUUCAAGCAAGUUCCUGAGGAGAACGGAGGACCAGGGACGUCUGACGUCUUCGCCGGACCGGAGUGACCCCUACUCGGCCACAGACAGCCUGCAGAGCCAGCCCUCAGGGCAUCACUACAGAUACACGGGCCUGUUGAAUGGACAGUACACCCGCAUGGUGCCUGAAGUGGCAGAGGAGGAGGCCGUGGACCUGGACAUGCCUGACUCCAACAGGACUGCCGACUCGGAGAAACAGGACAACUCGAAUACUUCUCUCCGACCACAAGAUUCUGCACAAGAGAAGAAAGAACCUUCCGGUUCCAAUUCAUCUCUCCUGUCUGGGAACAGCCGAUGGAAGAGGAAGAUCCGUGCUACUCUCCCUCUCAUCCUGGUGAGGCACUUCUCACAUGAAAACGCUACAGAAAAAGAGGAGCCCAUAAUUGAAGAGGCCAACGUGAUUGAACCACCACAGGUCUCCCAUGAUGGUCCUAAACUACCUCCAGAUUCUCCGAAUCAGAAUCCAUCGAUGGGUAAAGAAGCGCCUCCUGUCACCAAAGUGCCACAGCUGGAGGAAGCAGUCGGCCCAAAGAAGAGGCUGACCCUGUCCCUGUCUGAGAAACAGAAGCUCCUAGACUGGAACCUGGUUACUCCAGAAGAGGCCCAAAGCCCUGGAGGAGGAGACCCAUCCAAACACUCCAAACCUGGGGACCAGAUCCUCCCAUUGCCUCAGGUAGAGGCAGAGCCAGUCCCAGCUCAGGCCCAGCCAGCACCGUCCAUGUUCCAGAUUUGGGCAAAUGCCUUCAGAAGGUCUUUUGGAGUACUAGGGACAACCACAGACUCCAACACAGUGGUCACCAGGAGGAACAACAACGGGCCCACCAAGCCCAGGCCUCUGACUGACGGCGCCUUCAGCUUUAGCUCCCUGUUUGGGGCUACUGCCCAAAGCCAGGAGGCCGAACCAGUGGGAGUGGGUCAGAAGAGCCAGCCGACCCCACACCCAUGCAAGGCCUCCAUGGGUGAUAGACCCGCAGACCUUCCCAUGCUACUGGACCAGGUGUCCCUAGGCAGCAGCAAGUCUGUGGGAUCCUUCACCACAGACGACAUGGCCUCACUGCCGCCCAGGAAGCUCAACUUCUUCUCCUACCCUAGGCUGAAGAAGAGAGAGGGGCCGGAGAGCGUGGGAGCGGGGGUUCUGGAGAAGGACAUUAGGACCAUCCUGUCCAACAUCAGGAACAAAGCCUCCAGCGAACAGCAGAAGGAUGAGUCCAACUCCUCAAGUGACGAUGAGCUUGUCAUAGCCAAACCUUUGUCCCAGCCGAAGACCCAUGGGAGCUCAGAGAGACAGAGGAGGAGGCAGGAGGAGACUGUGAUUCAACAGGACAAGAGAGAGCAGCUGAAGAGACUCCACAGAGCCCAGGUCAUACAGAGGCAGCUGGAGGAAGUGGGGGAGAAGCAGAAGGACCUGGAGGAGAGAGGGGUGACCAUUGAGAAGGUCCUUCGAGGUGAAUCCCCAGACAAAGGUGAUGGUCUCUCUGAUGAGCACGAGCUCCUUCAAAUGUGGUUCAAGCUGGUCCUGGAGAAGAACAGACUGGCACGCUAUGAGGAGGAGCUGGUCAUAUUUGCUCAGGAACUCGAGCUGGAGGACAGACAGAGUCAACUACAGAGGGAUCUACGAUGCAGGAUGUCCAUAGAGGAUUCCAAGAAGAGCCCCAGUGAGCUGGCGGAGGAACAGGAGAUGCUGACGGAGAUCAUGAAGGUGGUGGAGAGGAGAGACACUCUGGUCAGCCUGCUGGAGGAGCAGCGGCUGCAGGAGAGGGCUGAGGACAGAGACCCGGAGAGCCUGGUACUGUCUAGAGGCUACCAGUUCCACUGGACCUGAAGAGAAUCAGCCCUCGGGGGCAGGGAAAAGGCUACAGCACCAUGCAGCUCCACAGGCAGAAGAGACAAGUGACUUCACUACUAGUGACUACCCUACUGGAUUUGGCCGCACGUGGCAUGAUGACCCUUUUGAAUAUGUAUAUCAAUUUGACUUGUCAAUUCCUACUUGAGGACCACACCUCUUAUGGACCUGAGGGUUGUACAUCAAGUGUUUGUUUAGGCUAGUCUCCCGAGACAGCCUUCAGUCUCCCGAGACUGUAUGCCUUACCAAGAAAACUUUAAUGUUAUGCAGUCUUAUAAAUAGAAUAAUAUAGAACACUUUUUCAGUUGCACUGGAAAGCACUUAUAAACACUACAGAAACCCAUAGAUUCAGCCUAUCAAAUGCAUUUUCCCUCUCAAAGAAAAAUAUUGCUUAUGUACAGUACCAGUCAAAAGUUUGGACACCUACUCAUUCCAGGGUUUUUCUUUAUUUGGACUCUUUUCUACAUAAUAGUGAAGACAUAAACUAUGAAAUAGUGUGCAAAGCUGUCAUCAAGGCAAAGGGUGGCUACUUUGAAGAAUCUCAAAUAUGAUUUAUUUUUAAUUUGUUUAACAUUUUUUUGGUUACUACAUGAUUCCAUAUGUGUUAUUUCAUAGUUUUUAUGUCUUCAGUAUUAUUCUACAAUGUAGCAAAUGUUAAAAAUAAAGAAUAACCCUUAAAUGAGUAGGUGUGUCCAAACUUUUGACUGGUACUGUAUAUAUAUAUCCAUUCAUUCUUGAAGAAUAUAACUUCGAAAUGCCUCAUGAUCUUAGUUCAACUGUCACACUCCAUAAGAACCCAAAAUAUAAGUGUGUUUUUCUCCAAUGUUUGUAAACAAUGUAAAUGUAAACUAACACUGUAUAACCUCAUAACAUGGCUAAAACAAUCA